GUUACAGUACAAUAUGGUGGUUGCUUGAUUGUGCUGUUGUUAUACGCGUCUUACGUGUACUUUUUUAAGUUUAGGGGUUAAUUAGGUCGUUUUAGUCUUGUUUGGAAUGUACAGACCGAGUUUCCGACACCCUUCUCCAACCGGCGGCAUGGGCCUCAGACCCGGGGUGUUCCGCAGCCCCUCUCCAGGAUACGAUCACGCUGGAACCUUACAGGCCGGCAUGUUGCCUCCUCCUUUCUGGGGGUUUGCUAAUGCUGCGUCUCCGUCUUUCAGUCCUAGGCCCGGCCAGUUUUCGGGGAAAUCUCCCCAGACUCCGCCGAAGGCAUUUUAUAGCAAUAAUGGUAACAGCGGAGGGGGAUCGAAUGGAGGCAGAGGGAGAUUUCAUAGUCCUUCCCCGGGUCAGACACCGAGGAGAGGGAGCCCUAGGUACACACCUCCCUACAAAAAAUCCCCCUUCCACCCUCAGCACAGUCCCGGACAGCAGGCGGGCUAUCAGGGUUCACCCAGGACAUCCACACCGUUUGGUUCUGCGCAUGGCAGGGAGAGGGUGGCUAAUGAUGUGGAAAAGUAUUACAGACCGUCAAUGCUUGAGGACCCCUGGGCUAGCCUACAGCCAGUUACUGUCACUGACACAAACCCGAAGUACAACACAGAGAGAGCAUCAAACACUGGUAGAAAAGGGAGGUAUUUCAGUUAAUAUACAGACCCCUUUUUUAUUGUGGCAGAGCAAGUUAAGAAGCAGCAUCGUUUCCUUUUUUUUAAAGAGAUUUACUUCAAAAAUGCACUGUUUCGACGCAGCAAAUGAACAUUCGUUGUUUUUUUUUCUUUUUUAAAAAAAAAAACCUGCUUUGGGUAUUUGCCAAAGGGAGUAAGUAUGUGGUGUUGGGAUAAUUCUUAAAAACUGCCUUCCAGUACAUCUGACUGAAGUAUUCCUGAAUCACCAGCAAUCAGUCUAUGACUGUUAAUGCAGCAGCUCUUUCUACACAGUACCUCUCUUUUGCAUACAAACAGGAUAAAUGCCUGGUUUUUACUCAAAACUGUUUGACCCCUUAACAGGCUGGCUGAAACAACUUUGACCGGCAACAGAUUUUGCAGAAAUAAAGGUCAUAAAUAAUAACCCAUCUUUGAAUUGUUCUUAUCAUAUGAAUUGAAAACACGAAUUGGGAUACAUUUUCAAUAAUAUCAUCGACUUGAUCGCUGUUAACACAAAGAAGCAAAACAUUGGUUGUAAGAGUUUUUCCUUGAGAGAUUUUAUAAUUUUGUCAGUAAACCAACUGACAAGCUUAAAUGAUGUAUGUAGCUACAGUGCCCAGUGAUGGGCAUAUUGGGUUCAUUAUUUAUCAUUGUUUCUUUCUGUUUAAUUCUGGCGUCCAGAUUACAUUUAUUUUAAAUUUAAUCCAUAAAUAUCUGGCACCAGACUCUGUUAAAGGGUUAAACAUUUUAUUUUGUUACUGAAUGUUUUUGGGGAAAAAAAAAAUAAAAAAGAACUCUAAUGGAUGUUUGUACAACUUUGAUCGUUUCUAAAAUUGUGUAUCGCAAAUGACAAGACAGCUUUGUGACCGUUUGUCACAGAAGCAUUGUAAAUAAGGACAUCCCUUAAAGAACGUUGUUGAACUGGUCUAAUCUGCAGUACGUUCGUAAAUAUUUCAUGUGUGUUAAGAAAAGGAAUCAACCAUUUACCUAAUUUUUUGUAACCCCCUCAGGUUUUUCUAUUUGUAAAUAUUUUAAGAAAAGGAUUGAAAACUAGAAAUUGAGUCAAAUCUUCUGUAUUCUUUUUCUUUUAACCAUCUGAGUAAAAAAAAGAAUAUUGCUGUAGAGCAUAUAAAUGUAUGUCAGCAUAUUUUGUUUUAUAUGUAGAGGUUUUGUGUGGAUUCUUGUGUUUCGGCAGUUUGAGGACUUGAAUUAUGAAUGACUAACCAAGAGUUAGUUCUUAUAGGGGAAAAUUCUCAUUCAAGGCUUCAAAGUGGUCUGGCACACGAUUCCACACUAUUCUUAUCACUUUCCUUUUAUAUAUAUAUUUUUAAAUCAAACUGUAUCAUCAUGGACUGUUGUUUGUUACCCUCGUUUGCCGUCGAGAUGUGAUGUUCAGUAAACAUUGUUUUUCAAAAAGGUCUGAAACUGCAAGGCAACAGCUGUUGCCAUAAAGCAGACCUUUUCAAAGACA